AUGUCUUCCGCAUCUCAGAAGUCCAAUCAAAAACCAAAGAGUACUGUCAUUGACUUGAUUGCCGGUGGUACUGCCGGUUUAUUUGAAGCUUUAUGUUGUCAUCCAUUGGAUACAAUUAAAGUUAGAAUGCAAUUGUACAAGAAAACCGCCGGUGCUGAUAAAGCCCCAGGAUUGAUCAGAACAGGUAAGAACAUCUUUGUUGAAGAGGGAUUCUUUGCCCUCUAUAAAGGAUUAUCUGCUGUUUGUAUUGGUAUUGUUCCAAAAAUGGCCAUUAGAUUCUCCUCUUAUGGUUUAUACAGAUCCUUCUUCACCGAUGCCGACGGUAAUAUCUCUGGUCCCCUGACCUUUUUGUCCGGUGUCAUGGCAGGUAUCACUGAAGCAUGUAUCGUUGUUAACCCAAUGGAAGUUGUCAAAAUUAGAAUGCAGGCCCAAAACAAUUCCUUGAGGGAUCCAUUGGCUAAGCCAAAGUAUACCUCUGCUCCUCAAGCUGCUGUUCUGAUUGUCAAGGAAGAAGGUUUGAAGACCCUUUGGAGAGGUGUUGCAUUAACUGCCGGUAGACAGGCAAUCAACCAAGGUGCUAAUUUUACAACUUAUUCAUUCUUGAGAUCGACUUUACAAGAUAGGCAAAAUACCGAAGUCUUGCCAACUUACCAAACCGCCAUUAUUGGGUUCAUCUCUGGUGCUAUUGGUCCAUUCUGUAACAAUCCUUUGGAUACCAUCAAAACCAGAAUGCAAAAGGAAACUGCAAUCACUACUGAAUCCAAUUUAUCAAGAGGUUUAAGAAUUGGUAAGAAUUUAGUCAAGGAAUCUGGUAUUUCUGCAUUCUACAAAGGUAUCAUCCCAAGAGUUAUUAGAGUUGCUUCCGGUCAAUGUGUGGUCUUCCCUGUCUAUGAAUUCUUCAAAGGCUUCUUAUACGACAUUGCAGGUUACAAUACCGAAAAGAAAUUAGAUUAA